CGCGCAGUGAGGCCUGACAGGCCGAGGGCACCCGCUGUUCUGCUCUUUGGAGCUCCCCACAGUCAGUGCAUGCUCCUGCGAUUCAAGAAACUAGCGCCCCACAUCACUCAGGUAGAGCCGCCUCUUCUGCGCCCAGUGUGGAGAAGACGAAGCCCGCUCUCUAGCCCUGCGUGUGUUCGUCUGUGCCGGUCUCUGCUCGCACCUUUUGCCUAACAAUACCCCCGAGAGUCACCCGCACUGCACCCGACAUGAUGCUGCUUUGACUGGAAUACUUCUUGUUGUAGAUACACUGAGCUCAGCGUCUCUGUCUGCUCCACAUUCAAUGCGACCCUUACCUCUGCAGCUCCGCGCCCAAUGACAUGGCCGACUCCGGCGCAACCGCAGCCAUCAUGACCUCCUCUUCGCACCCGCACUUCGACCACGACGACGCCCUGGGUCUGGCCGAGUAUGGGCUUGCGCCUGCGAAUAGCAAUGCCCUCGGCACCAGCCCCAGUAAUAUGAUGGGGCAAUACCCCGACUUCGACAUGGCCUUUGCGCAUACACAGAACCCGGGAUAUCCAGGUGCCCAGGUCCACAGAGGCAGCGUGGGCGGCGUGAGCGAAGACAACAUGAGUGGCGGAGGCAGUGUGCAUCCGCCCGGCCUAAGCAUCGGUGGCAGUCCAGGCGUGUUGGCGCAAGAAGGACACAAUACCAGCCCUGAGAGUGCGCCUGCGAUGGGCAUGCUGAACAUUGGCGACAUGCACAACUCAUCUGCUCAGGGCCUGAAACUUGAAGGAAAUGACAGCGCAAACUUUUGCGCCACAGCAAAGCGCACAAAGGAAACCGAGCAAGAUACGCCACAGUGGAGCGAGAUGAAGACGAAAGCUGGGAAAGAGAGGAAGAGACUACCACUUGCGUGCAUUGCGUGCAGGAGAAAGAAGAUCCGCUGCUCGGGCGAGAAGCCGUCGUGCAAGCACUGCGUCAGGAGCAGGAUACCGUGCGUGUACAAAGUCACAACGAGGAAAGCAGCGCCGAGGACGGACUACAUGGCUAUGUUGGACAAGCGCUUGAAGCGCAUGGAAGAUCGUGUGAUCAAACUUAUACCAAAAGAAAGCCUACCCUCAGUGGCGAAUGUAGGCAGAUCAGUCGUCAAGCCUGCGAUACCCGGCGCACCGCCGAAGACACCAGCGACCAAGAAACGACAAGCAGAAGAAGCGUUCGGAAAUGAGUUGGACGAGUGGGCGAAGUCCAAGGGCAGGGAUUCAGACGCAACAGGGAUGGCGGGAACAUCAAAGGAGUCGGAUGAGAACAAGCUGCUUACCGAAGGCGCGGAGAGUUUGCCCUCGAAAGAGAUCCAGGAACACCUCGCCGAGGUGUAUUUUGACUACGUUUACGGCCAGAGCUACCCUCUGCUGCACAAACCGAGCUUCAUGCGGCGGUUGAACACAGGGAAGGUGCCGCCAGUGCUCAUCCUGGCUAUGUGUGCGAUCUCAGCGCGCUUCUCGACACACCCGCAAUUACGGACAGAACCAUGUUUCUUACGAGGCGACGAUUGGGCGCAAAGGGCGCGGGAGAUUGCGUUGAAGCGGUACGAUUCGCCGAACAUCACGAUCCUUAUAGUCUACCUGCUGCUUGGUCUCCACGAAUUUGGCACAUGCCAGGGUGGACGAAGCUGGAUGUUUGGCGGCAUGGCGCAGAGGAUGGCGUACGCUCUGCAGCUGCACAAGGAGAACGAAUACGAUCCAUUGGUCAAUGAUCCGGAGAAGAAACCGCUCAGCGCGACAGAUCAAGAGAUUCGACGGAGGACUAUGUGGUCGUGCUUCUUGAUGGAUCGAUUCAACUCGUCUGGCACAGAUCGACCGCUCUUCGUACAUGAGCAGUACAUUGAGGUGCAAUUGCCGGUCAAGGAACACCUUUACGUUCACGAAAUCCAUGCACCGACCGAAAACUUAGAAGGCGCUGUGCCAAACCCGGUUCCACCUGAUAGCGGGCAACUAGCGAACCCGCGCGAAAACAUGGGCGUCACAGCGUACACUGUUCGAUUAGUGUGCGUAUGGGGGAAAUUGAUCAAGUAUAUGAACCUCGGUGGCAAAGAGCGAGAACCGGAGCCAAUGUGGUCACUAGAGUCGACGUUCCAUGCCAUCAAGAAGGAAGCCAUGGACUUCAAGGAUUCGUUACCUGAAAUGCUGGUCUAUACACCGGAAAACCUGAAGAGCCAUGCCAUUGGCAAAACUGCAAAUUCGUUUUUGUACCUACACAUCCUCUGGCAGCAGAUCAUGCUUUUCAUGCAUCGGUUUGCGCUACCUUCAACAGCAGGCGCGCGGCCACCGAAAGAUAUGCCACACGACUUCCUCACAAACUCAGCGCGCACGGCGCUCGAAUCCGCAAACCAGAUUUCGAUCCUCAUCAAUGAGGCCAUGGACCACAACGUCGUUGCACCCUUCGCUGGAUACUCCGCAUUCUUCUCGUCGACCGUUCACGUCCAUGGUGUGUUCUCGAAGAAUGCGAAGCUCGAAGCGCAAUCGAAAAAGUACCUGGCCUACAACGUCAAGUAUCUGACGAAGAUGAAGAAGUACUGGGGCAUGUUCCAGUACGUUGCCGAGAACCUGAAGGAUCUGUAUCGACAGCACGCAGACGCGCAGAUGAAAGGACCUGGAGCAAGCGCCGACGGGAAGAGCAAAGGCAGCAUAUUCCAGUACGGCGAUUGGUUCGAUCGAUACCCACACGGCGUUUCAAAGACAGACUACGAGGAUGCUGCAGAGCCGAAAGCCAACGAGCCCGGCACUGAUGCUGUACUUGGCGAGAAGAGCGAUCUCCAGAGUGUUGAAGAGUUCUUUGCGUCGCUCUCACCACCUUCUAAGGCAGAUCAUCACAAACAAGCACGAAAGACCAAGUCAAAACCUGUCUCAAAAGCAACUGCGAACACAGCAGAAGCAUCCAAGCCACAACGCCAGAAUAGCACCAAAGCACAGCAAUCCGCCCCUUCUCAUCUCCAGCACCAACAACCAAUAUCACACAUCUCCAUCACAAACGACACAACCAUGUCCACCCCGCCAACCACCACCUUCGACCCCGCCACUUACUUCCCUCAACAAAACCAACCUACGUCGCAGCAAUUCAUCGCCGAAUUCGCCGGUCCACACACGCUCCUCCAAACCGGCACCUCUCCCUCUCUAACCCACCUCCCACACCUCCAAAACCCGCAGGCCCACCCGCAGACCCAUAUAGACAUGUCGCCCUUCCCUGACCUAUCCGCCGACUUCAACGCAACCUUUUGGAACCUAGAAGUGAUGGAUAUGGGCAACAACAACUUCUUUGAUCCGAUGAGCAGCUAUUUCGUGCCGUUUAACGUUGAUCCGCCGAACAUGAUGGGCGGGGGAGGUGAUGGCGUGUUUGAAAGCCAGAGUGGCACGGAUUAUGGGUUUGGACUAGGGCAGGGACAGAAUGGGAUGGAUGGUUUUGAUGGGAGUGGCUGAGGCGAUGUCUCGGAGACGACCAGAUCGAAGAUAUCACGUCGGUGGAGAAAAUCAGAGUGGUGGAGAACUAUCUUGCUCGUACCCAUACGUGGGUGGAUGUUGUACACGAAGCUUCACAGAGAAGGGUAUGGAUGUAUAUGUAGGGACGCUUUGUUAUGUUCGUACCAACCUAAUGGUGUGCAGCGCGACAGCGUUGUCCAUGUUCUCAUGAUA